UCUCUGCAAUAUCUGAAUCUCGGGACCCUGCAACGGUUUUUGUCUUGGGGCCUCGUUCCUGUCGCUCCCGCCGGUGCCUCACCGGCUACCUGCUGGAUAUCUGUUCUGUCUGGCACCUAAUGAUUAAUCUACAGUUAUUCAACCUCCAGUUGACAUCAUGAUCUUGACUCAGCACUCAGGCAUUGGAGAUGACUUGGAGAACAACCCCGCAAAAGACUUCAGACAAAUAUGGCGCAUACACUCAAACUGUUGAUAUCUCACAAGAUGAACAGCCGAUGAUCCUCCUGUCUUGUUGAUGAGCUGGCAUCAGAUGACAGACAGGUCGGAGAUAUGUCGCUGUUCCGUCGCAUUUCGAACGGCUCGGUAGAAGAGGUCCUGCAUCCCCGGGCAUGCGGAAGAUUGCCGGGCGACAGCAGCCUCAUCAGCUGAAGAGGGUUGCCCUGUUACACCGAGCUCACCUUGGGAGUUCACCUUGGUUGCUCACCUGGACUGCUGACCUUGGCCGGGUCUUGGCUCAAGCAGUAAAGUGGGGCAGCCGUUUGAAGCCUCACGAUUUGCUUGGCUCAACUCACCACCACAUCGGUGUUGUUGCUGUGUGGUGUAGGGUGUACCUCUCAUAAAUGAUCACCUAACGACCUGUGAAUGCCGCCCUCAAUGUGAAUCCAUCAUAUCCAACUGUCGCGGUUAAUCAGAGGAGGACAGUUUUUGAAUACCACCAAUGUCUUGACAACCUGUUUCCAUUACCAACUAACGACGUUACGACUUUACAAGCCCUGGUGAUAAUAACCCCGUUUUUGUAAACAAAGACAGCACCAUGUCGGGCGAUGAAAACACGGACGAGUGGGAACCCAUACCAUCGCUUUCAUCACUUUCGCCGUUUUCCUCCCCCGCUUUGUCCUUUUUGCUCCUCAGCAAGACCGAUUUGGCCCACGAUUCGGAUCAUCCGAGUUUUCACAGCAGUAGGCACGAUGAUGAUGUCUUGUCUCACACACCACCACCCGCCACCACUCCCCGACCACCCAAAACACCCUCCCUUCUCACACCUUCCCCACCAUCUACUUCCCGGUCAAUGCAUGGUUCUCAUCUUCGGACUCCAACACAGCCAUCUCCGCUGCAGCUGAGCAGUAGUGUUGUUGGGUUGGGUCUUGGUCAUCUUGGGAUUGGUCCACCGAUGGUAUCGCCGCUGCAACAAAAGGUUCCUGCUUGGAUGUCGGCUGGCCAUCAUGAGGAGGUUAUUGAGGAGGAGACGAGCAUUACUCAUGAUGCGGAUGAUGAGGAUGAGGAGGAUGAGAGGGAUGAGGGGGAGGUUAUGAAUAGGCAAAGUCUGAUUUAUGAUCGAGGGGUUGAUCAUGAAGUCGAGGAAGAGCAGCGGCCUGAGAGGAGUGAGCGAGACAUCAUGAUGAGAUUGAGUCAGAUCUACGGCCAUAAAUUUGAAGAUGAGAGUGAGAAGGAUGAGCCACGAGGAGAAAGCAGGCAGGUUCUCAGCCAUGACAGAGAGGCUGAUGAUGAGGAUGAGGAUGAAGACGACGAUGGGGAGGAGGAUGGGACUGAUGAGGAGGAUGAGGUUGAUGAAGAAGAUGAAGGCGAGAACGGAGCUGAAUAUGAAGAUGGGGAUAAGCAGGAGUCGGACGACCAAGAAUUUGGGGAUGGGCAAAAUCCUGCUUAUGACCAAGGAACCGACGAGGAAAGCGAGGGUGAAACGGAGGGGCAGCGGGUUGUGGACAGGCAGAGCGUUGUUUACAACCCACGACCUCAUGGUGACAGUGAAGAUGAGACAAACGAGCAGGUCAUGAACAGGCAGGACCUUUUCAGGGAUCAGGAAGGCGAUGAUCAAAGUGACGGUGACACAAAUCAGCACUCCAUGGACAGGCAGGGCCUUAUCUGGGAGCAACAACACGAUCAUCAUAGUGAGGGUGACACGAACAACGAAGUAAUGAACAGGCUGGAUCUUUUUCAGGAUCAGGCAGGCGAUGACCAAAGCGAGGGCGAUACGAAUGACGAGGUCAUGGAGAGGCAAAAUCUUCCGUGUGAACGGGAAACCGACAGACUGCAGCAGAGUUUUAUCUACGACCACGACCAACCAACCGAUGAAAUCACCCAAAACAGCAAAGCGAUUCUGGUCGACCGCCUAGAAGGCUUGCUCCACCGAUUAGCAACUUCAAAUCCAACAGCCGACCUCGACACCAUCGACAUCUUACAUGCCAAAGUAGACGAAAUGGAAAGAGCCCUCUCAGCCACCUCGCCCAGGAAACCAAACACAUCUAGGAGGCUAUCAUCAGAACUAGAACCCCUCCAACACUCCCAGGAGACCACCGCCCACUUCUCCGCCCAAGAACACCCCAACCAAUCCCCCACCCACACCAGCAACAUCAACCUCCACCAGUCCAUAGAAUCAAUGCCCGACACCCUCUCCCCCUCCGCCUCCCUCGCCCAACUGCGCCGCUCCCUCAUCCUCCCCCCCGCCCUCGCAACCACACCACCGCCCUGGCUCCUGCCGUCAGCAGUCCUCUCCCCGAUCAAAUCAAGCGAGAUUUUCUCUACUUCAAUCUCCUCCCCAACCCAACCAGAACUCGACGCAGCAGCCGAAGCCACAAACAAAGCCCUCGAAGCAGCCAAGGAAGCCGCCCGGGCGCACUCGGAAAUGACGGAGCGGAUCGCCGCCGAGGCGGACGAGUUGCGACGGGAUCUGGCGGUCGUGGUGGAGAGGUUGAAGAAUAGGAGGGAGGAGACUGAUCACAUCCACACCCUCCUCAUCCAACGCGCCGAGGCGGCUGCCGAACGGAUUUUGGAUCUGGAAAAAGAGCUUUCCGAUCUGGAGGAUGACCUUGCGUCUAGCGAGUCAGAGCUGAGGCACUUGAGGCUGAAGCUGAGGGCGGUGGAGACGCUGGUGGGGGAGUUUGUCGACCCGGACGAGACGGACCCGGAGCUGUUUAGGUGUAUUGAGAACUGGAAGGAGGAUUGGAGGGUGGUGAGGGAAAGGAUGAGGGAGCGGAAGAGGGGGAGGGAGGAGAGGAGGACGAGGUUGAGGAGGAGGGAGAUGGUGGGGGUGGUGAAUGAGGAGGUGGAGGAAGGGGAGGAGGAGGGAGAGAGUACGUUGACUAGUUUGGGGGGGGUUGGUAUGGGGGAGCAGGGGAAAGGGUUGUGA